UACGUGCACCCUGAGUGCCCUGCUCGCAGCCGUCCCGUGCGAGAAUCCACAGCCGAAGUCGACAGAGGCUUGCGGAGGAGGCCAGAUGAAGAUCCCCACCUUGUUUAGCCGGGGCGUCCAUCCAUGAAUCGGCUCUACAGCGUCCUCAGCAACUUUCAGCAACAACCUGUCACCAGCCACCGAAUACUGGUGCCCGGAGAGCGGUUGCCGAGCGGAAUCACCAAUGCGAGCGCCUCGGCGGCCAUGCAGCCCUCGUCCGCAAGCACCCUGGGCUCGAUCGCGAGCGUUCUGCCCACGCUCGAGGCGGCGGCCAACAACACGACGGUCGCGCUUCAGGAGGACGCCGUGCCUUCUUCGGGACAUCCACUGGACAGUUGGGACCUAUCGUGCCGCUACAUCAUCGGCACGUUCCUGCUGAUCAUCAUUCUGACCGCCAUUACGGGCAACAUUCUCGUCUGCCUCGCUAUCUACACGGACCGGCGGCUUCGCAAGCUGGGCAACCUGUUCCUUGUCUCCCUGGCCGUGGCCGACCUGCUGGUCUCGUCGCUCGUCAUGACCUUCGCGGUCAUCAACGACCUCAUGGGCUACUGGGCCUUCGGUCCGCAGUUCUGUGACAUCUGGAUCGCCUUCGACGUCAUGUGCAGCACGGCGUCUAUCCUCAACCUGUGCGCCAUCAGCUUGGACCGGUUUCUGCACAUCAAGGAUCCCCUGAACUACGGUCGCUGGAUGACAAAGCGUGCUGUCCUCGGGACCAUAUGCGGCAUCUGGAUGCUGUCGGCGCUCCUAUCGUUCCUGCCCAUCUCCCUCGGCUGGCACCGGCCUUACCCGGACUCCCUGCUCGUCGUGAACGGCCUGACCAUGUGCGCGCUGGACCUGACACCCGAGUACGCCGUCACGUCGUCGCUCAUCAGCUUCUACAUGCCGUGCGUCGUCAUGGUGGCGCUGUACGCCCGUCUCUACCUGUACGCGCGCCGACACGUGCAGAACAUACGCGCCGUCACCAAGCCGUGCGUGGUGAACAACAAGGACUCGGGUAGUCCGACCAAGUUCCGAGCCAUCGGUGGACAGUCUUCCCUGCACGUGAUGGACCACAAGGCCGCCAUCACGCUGGGUAUCAUCGUGGGCGUGUUCCUGUGCUGCUGGGUUCCUUUCUUCUGCGCCAACAUCGUGGCCGCCUUCUGUAAGACUUGCAUCUCGGAGGAGUGCUUCAAGUUCCUUACCUGGCUCGGUUACCUCAACUCGGCACUUAACCCCAUCAUCUACAGCAUCUUCAACACCGAGUUCCGCGACGCCUUCCGGCGGGUCAUCACGGCUCACGCGUGCUGCAAGGCACUCGCCGAGCGCGCUCGUGCGCCCAGCGACUUGUCGUACCGCACCAAACGAAGCACCAUCUGCGAGACACCUCGCGCCAACAGUCUGGCGGCGGUCAACUGCCGCCACAACAACGUGGUGACCGCCAGUGAGAGGAUCUCGCUCCGGGCCGAAGUCGACACUCGUGUCGAGAUCAGUAUCAAGAACAUUGGGGAAAUUUCGGACAUAUAGCAGUGACGCACCUGAGAGCCGGCGCACCAUGCCGUCUAACGUUCUCCUCGUAUAACGACCCGCCUUCGAACUCACCCGGCGGACGUGUCUGCCGGAGGAACUGUGACCACGCCUAUGCACAAUGAACGAAUGAUGUCUGUACGUCCUCUGGCCGUGGCCUGAACCUACGGAUGAACUGUAGGCCAUGCCCUAAUACAGAGCCGCGGACGGCGCGCCCAGGCUACUACUUAUAAUGACUCGAGCAGAGUGUUAAAUGUCCUGCUCCCUUAAUUUAUUCAACGUGCCACACGCGCCCUGGUCAGUGAUGGCCUGCAUCCGUCAUUACUACCUCAUCACUCUGUGCACCACCAUCUUUCGCUCGAGGAGCACAAAACCUGCUCAUCCGGUCGAAUCGAAACUCAGUGCCACCUAUAGACCACUCGACUGGUCGAUUACAACGUGCGAGUGAGUUCUGAGCGAACUUACUGCUUAACAAGACUACGUUCUGCAGAUGAUCGUGAGCAACUGUUAUAUAGCCCUACUCUUCGGUAAAGAAACGUUGGUUGGCGCAAGAUACAACAAAACGGAUGUUCGGCAGUCUGGGCGCGUGGCCACCCGUGAGAACCGCAUCUUCCGGUGAACUGCACACCGUGUGGUGAACAUUACGUCCGAGUUGACGUUUUUGUCGAGCACAGUGUGUACCCACACUUUUCAGACGAUUCACGCUUUCGUCGAGAUGAGCUCCCUUCGGGCGAAAUCUGUAUAUUGUCCUAGUCGGCCAACUGCGCACAAACGCGCGCGCGCACACACUUAAUGAUAUUCCCCGGUCACAUGCGGCGCAGUGUUCUUACGGGAGCCCCCGACAAUCGGUCACACGAGCCUGAAAUCACACGUACGGGCAUCACACGAAACCGGAGACUUAACAGAAAUCUAUACGGGACAGCUGUGAACGACACCGCAGCGUUCGCAGAGUUGUGCCUACUCAGCGACGAGUUUCAAGCCGCCAAAUGCCUUGUUCACUGUCAGCUUCCUUCUGUCUUCGACACGAACCACUUCCUGUAUACGCAGCGAGCGGGCGUCUUCAAGUGACUCGCACGUGUCUCGUGUAAGCACCGCGGAGGCGCAGAGCUGUUAAAUUCACUCUUUACUCGCCCAAGAGGGACUAUCACCGCGCUAAGCACCGACCCCUUCCUUGUACGAAUCACUCAGUGAAGUCCAUCACCAAGUAUUAGCAUGGUAGGCGAGAUUGGAUAGACGCCAGGUCUAAACCAAAACUGUUGAUGAAAACAGGUGUAAUGGUUAGCAUGCUCUGCUGCUGACCUGAAGGUGGCGGGUUCGAUCCUCGCCACGUAGGUCACAUUUCGAUGAGGCGAAAUGAAAGAGGCCCGUGUACUGUGUGAUGUAAGGAACAACAGCUGGUCAAAACUUCCGGAACCGUUCACUCUAUAGUAGACUGUACCUUCACUAAGGCGUUCCUCGUAAUCAUAUAUCGUGAUUUUUGGAGGUGAAACCUCAGAUAAUAUUAUUAUAGACGAAAGACACCCUAUGAAACAGGUCUAAAUGUGCUACAUGUCCGUGAGGUAGAGAAGAGUCCAUUUUUGCAUGACUAAGCUUGACAAUUCACUCCUGUACAGAUCAAACUUUGUGGCAAUGCGUAGCAUGGCGUCGAUGAGUUAGGUCUUCUACCUCGUGGUCCGUCCGAAUGAAACAGGGGCU